AUGCCUGCGACGAUAUACAUUCCUUCAUCUCGGCCAAAGCCACCAGAGGCGUCACCUGGACUCGGCCUGGCACCGUCUGUGGCAACAUCCACAACUCCUACCACGACAUCCAAGCCUGAUUCGGCAUUACGAACAGUCGAUGCAUUGGUGCGCCAACGAGCUAUCAACUACCCCCGGGAUCACAUUGUCUCGUAUCCAAGAUCAGGCAUCGACUAUGUAAACUACAAUCUACAACAGCUUGAUGUGUUUGCGUGGAGGGUGGCAACUCACUAUGCGCAAUCCAUUCCAACGCGAAAGUCUUCGAAAGAGAAGCCGCGUGUUGUAGCGCUCUUAGGGCUGUCAAACCUUGAGUAUCUCAUCACGUUGCUGGCUUUGACAAAGCUCGGGCAUACUGUCCUACUUGUGUCUACGAGAAUCACGGUUGAAGCUGUUGAGUCUCUUGUGAAUGCCACGUCGGCGGCCACAAUCAUCGCCGAUAAGAAACAUUUCAACACAGCCAGAGGAGUGCAGCAAUUAGUCCCCUCCUUGGAGCUGCUUGACAUCAUUGAUCGCGCGGCAUUCGAGUAUCCAAUCGAGGCUCAUGGUGAUACCCAGCUUGAUUCGCAUCUCGAUCCUGAAGUUGAGACUCACAACAUCGCCUUUAUCAUACACUCAAGUGGAUCAACUGGCCACCCAAAGCCGAUAUACCAGCCUCACAGAGCAUGUCUCGCAAACUACGCUGUGAGCAUGGAGAUGAAGUCAUUCAUUACGCUGCCGCUGUUCCACAAUCAUGGCAUCUGUAACUUCUUUCGAGCACUAUAUUGUCGAAAGUCUAUCCACCUUUACAACGCCGAGCUUCCCUUGACUCAAGACUACCUGCUAAAGGUCAUGCAAGCACAUCGCUUCGAGAUCUUCUACGGUGUCCCUUAUGCACUCAAGUUACUCUCAGAGUCACACAGAGGCAUUAGCCUGCUUCAGGAGCUCAAGGUUGUCAUGUACGGUGGCUCGGCCUGUCCAGACGAUCUUGGCAACCUUCUCGUCGACAAUGGGGUCAAUCUCAUUGGUCAUUACGGGGCUACUGAGGUUGGGCAGCUGAUGACCUCGUUCCGACCUGAGGGCGACAAGGCGUGGAACUAUGUACGAGAAACGGACAACGUUUCUUCAUUUCUUCGCUGGGUCCAACGAGGCCCGAAUCUGUACGAAUGCGUCGUCUUGGACGGUUGGCCAUCCAAAGUACAAUCUAAUCAACCCGACGGCUCUUAUGCGACGAAAGACCUGUUUCAACCGCACCCGAGCAUUCCCAGAGCCUGGAAGUACAUUGCUCGACUCGACGACACGAUCGUUCUCGUCAAUGGAGAAAAGUUCAACCCAGUGUUGAUGGAAGGAAAGAUUCGAUCCAACAAGAGCGUCGCCGAAGCCGUCGUAUUUGGCGCUGGGCGUUCGCAUCUGGGACUGCUGCUUGUUCCUGCUGCGACAUUGGCCGGUCGUUCUGAAGGAGAGAUACUCGAUAUGGUUUGGCCCAUCGUCACUUCAGCAAACCAGUCUGCAGAUUCCUUUGCCCGGAUCUCGAGAAACAUGAUUCGGAUAUUGCCACAUGAUUGCGCAUAUCCUCGGACGGACAAGGGAAGCAUCAUUCGCCAGGCCUUCUAUAAACAAUUUCAGCACGAGAUUGAGGAGACGUAUGACCGUGUAGAUACGGUACCUGGCGAGCUGUCUCGACUCAAUCUCUCAGAGCUGCAACAGUUCCUCAGCGAUCUUUUAACAAGUGCCCUCCGCAUGGCCAAUCCGGUUGAAGCUGACGACGACUUUUUCGUCUUGGGCCUCGACUCCCUGCAAGCCAUUCAGAUGAGAAGUGAGAUCCUGCGGAGAAUUGACAUCGGUGGAAACAAGCUUGGCCAGCAAGUCGUCUUUGAGCAUCCAACGAUCAAGAGAUUGAGUAGCUUCCUCCUAAGUCUUCGCACCGGCGGAGACACGAGAGAGGAGCCAUCCAUCAUACAGCAGAUGGGGAGCUUGGUGAUGAAGUAUUCAGCCAAGAUCCCUUCAAAGGCUACAGAUGCAGCUGUUGUCGUUACAGGCGCCACAGGUUCUCUAGGAGCUCAUGUGGUUGCAAAACUAGCAUCGCGGCCAGAUAUCAAUCAAGUCUACUGCCUGGUUCGCGCACGCGAUCCGUCUCAUGGUCAUCAACGAGUUGUAAGCUCGAUGCUCCAGAGAAGAGUCUAUCACUUACUACCACUAUCUUCGCGGCGCAAGAUCAAAGCCCUACCAUCAGACCUGUCGGAGCCAGAUCUUGGCCUCUCUCAAGAGGAUUACAGGACUGUAACUGAGAACCUCACUGCAGUCGUUCACUGUGCAUGGUCAGUCAACUUCAACAUGCACCUUCUGAGCUUCGAAAAGGCAAACAUCGCGGGUGUAUGUAACCUCAUUUCCCUCUGUCAAUCAGCGCAGUCGCCCGCAAGUAUGAACUUUUGCUCGUCCGUCAGUACAUGCUCGCAGGCGACAGAGACCCCGGUGCCCGAGCGAGUUCCGGACUUUUCAUGGGCUCAGAACAUGGGAUAUGCCCAGUCCAAGUCUGUCGCUGAGCACAUCUGCGCGAGAGCUGCCUCUCAAGGCGUCACGACUCGCGUGUUGCGCAUCGGGCAGAUCAUUGGCGAUACGGAGCACGGCGUCUGGAAUGCUCAGGAAGCGGUGCCCAUGAUGCUCCAGACUGCAGUCACUAUCGGGACUCUGCCAAAACUCCAGGAGACGCCAUCGUGGUUACCGGUCGAUGUUGUAGCAGAUGCUGUCACGGACAUUUCACUCUCCGGAGCAGGCAGUGUCUUUGCCAAUGUCACCAAUCCGCAAGUCUUCAGCUGGACAGGCGAUCUUCUGCCGGCUCUGCGCAAAUGCGGACUUGUCUUUGACGAAGUCGAGCCAAAAGAAUGGAUCAAGAGAUUGCGAGGAUCGAACCCCGAUCCAAUUGCAAACCCGCCGAUCAAAUUGGUAGACUUUUUCGCUUCCAAGUAUGACAAGGACUCAUUCAGUCCUCCCAAGCUGUUUGCUACAGAUGUAGCACAAUCUCUGUCACCGGCCCUGAGCAAAUUUCCGAGUCUUCAGGAAUCGCAUGUCGCGAAAUUUGUCGGCUUUCUCACCGACAGAGCAUGGAACAUCCCGACGUCUCCAACUAGGAUUCAAAAAAGGGCGAUUAUCAUGAUAGGACCCUGUGGAACGGGAAAAUCCACCAUUGGAAGAGCACUCUCGCAGACGCUUGAUGUUCCGUUUAUCGAAGGCGACGAAUUACACUCUUGUUUGUCCAUCGAGAAGAUGCAAUCUGGUGUGAGUCUCACUGAUGAUGAUCGCACAUCAUGGCUGGACCGUAUCAGCCAGCGCGCGACAGAUACGCUUUUCAACCUCGCUCAUGAUUCAGUCGUAAUCAGUUGCUCCGCGCUGAAAGAAGCGUAUCGCGACAAAAUCCGCCUUCAUUUGUCCGCACUCAAGGUAAAGGUCGUUUUCAUUGACCUGCAAGCGGACAAAGAGGCUCUCGUCAAGAGACUGAAGGAGCGCCACGGGCAUUAUAUGAGUGUAGAUUUGGUCGAUAGCCAGCUAGCUUCAUAUGAAAAGCCCAGUGGCAAGGAAUAUGAUGUUGUUCCUAUUGAUGCGGAAUUGGAUGAGAAGACGGUGUUGAUGACGGUUCGGUGGGUGUUGGAUGACGCUGUUGGAUGGCUCUAA